GAAUCGUCUUCCACUUGUGUGUGUGUGUCUCCAUGUUUUUAAAGACUUAUUUAUUUUUCCCUUAGAAAAGCAAAAAAGGAAACUUUCCCUCUAGCGUCCCUCUCUCUUUGGACCCUCACAUUCGUUGAAUCCAACCCUUCUGGGUUUUAUUUUUUUGCCCUAGAUCUUAACGAAGAGGAUCAAAUUCGACUUUUUUGAGAUCUGGGUUCGGACAAAGAUUCUGUCUUUCUGCAUUCUACCGUUUCGAUUCACCUCGAGUCAAUGCCAAUUUAAAAGAAGUAUAUGCAGAAGUGAAAAAAAGAUUCAAGCUUUUGUAUGCCUAUAAGCUAGAAAGGAGAAGGGAGGUGUUAAGACUGGUUUCAAUGGGUGAGACGCAGAAGAUGUUGCAGGGGCCACGUCACCACCACCACACAUCUCUCAAGAAGCCCUUAUGGGUCGUUUUGACAGUUUCAGUGACCAGCAUGCUUCUGAUCUGUACUCACAUGUACCCAAAACACGGCAAGAGCUCCUCCUGUCAUGGUCUCUAUAGCACUAGAGGCUGCGAGGAUGCUCUCUCCGCGUGGCUACCUGUUCAUGUCAGGAAGUUCACUGAUGAGGAGGUAGCAGCUCGAGCAGUGGUCAGAGACAUACUAAGAACGCCUCCCUUCAUAACCGCAAACUCCAAAAUCGCUUUCUUGUUCUUGACUCCUGGUACUUUGCCAUUUGAGAAGCUCUGGGAUGAAUUUUUCAAGGGUCAUGAAGGGAAGUUCUCUAUUUACAUCCACCCGUCAAAGGAACGACCAGUUCACAUCAGCCGUCACUUUUCUGAUCGGGAGAUCCACAGUGAUGAGGUUACUUGGGGAAGGAUUUCUAUGGUUGAUGCCGAGAAGCGUUUACUGGUUAGCGCUCUUGAAGAUCCUGACAACCAACACUUUGUUCUUGUUUCAGAGAGUUGUAUACCGUUGCAUACUUUCGACUACACUUAUAGAUAUUUGCUCUACUCCAACGUUAGUUUCAUUGAGAGUUUUGUGGAUCCUGGUCCACAUGGGACCGGUAGACAUAUGGAACACAUGCUACCAGAAAUCGCCAGGGAAGAUUUUAGAAAAGGUGCUCAGUGGUUCACAAUGAAGCGACAACACGCAAUUAUAGUGAUGGCCGAUGGUCUUUACUACUCAAAAUUCCGCGAGUAUUGUGGACCUGGAAUAGAGGCCGACAAGAACUGCAUUGCUGAUGAACACUACUUGCCAACAUUCUUCAAUAUGAUUGAUCCCAUGGGGAUCUCAAACUGGUCAGUGACUUAUGUUGAUUGGUCUGAACGAAGGUGGCAUCCAAAGACAUACGCAGCAAACGAGAUUUCAUUAGAGUUCAUGAAAAACGUCUCGUCCGAGGACAUGAGUGUACAUGUUACCAGCGUGGGCGAGCAUGGAGAUGAGCUGCAUUGGCCUUGUACAUGGAACGGGAUUACACGGCCUUGUUAUCUGUUUGCAAGGAAGUUCCAUCCCGAUGCUCUCGACACAUUGGUCAACCUCUUCCCAAACUACACAAGCAUAGCUGCCUGAGAGAGGAUGCUUGAACCAAACACACGAUUCUUGGACCUAAUUAUUUUCCAGAUAUGUCUCAGAGGUGGAUCUUUAAGUUACUGUAAAUUUUCUGAAGAAACUGAAAUUAUUCUUGGAAUUUUAUGUCUCUUGAUGAAACUGAGAGCCUGUUAUAUGCAAUUAGAGCAGAAAGUUUUGGUUAUAAGUGUUCCAUUUUGCGAUUUC